CUCGACCGUAGUACUGAGAGAAAGGAAGGAAGUUCACUCUUUACACACACGUCGUGUUGUUGAUCAGUGGGUCUGCUCUUUGACUCAUCAUGUGAAUCUAAUCUACAGCCAGCUGCUGUGGCCUGAAAUGCUGUGACGCUCCUCUCCACAAAUCCUGGAAUUACCCCGAGCUGCUGAUGAAACCAAAUCUGACCAGCAGGGGGGUUUGGUGCAAGGCUGAACUUUGAUUUGGAGGAGGCUGUGAUUGGGUAUUCACCUAAUCUUUGCUCCUCCUGAUUCCGGAGUUGGACAGAGAUCUGCUGAUGGACUGAGUUAGGCUGAGGAAGCAGAUGUGUGUCAUACUGGAUCAAGUCCAGAAGCAAGUGCAUAUAAACUCCCAGCAUGCUCAGAGAACACACACCUCCGGAGCCAGAUUGUUGUUGUUUGCCACGAGGAGCUGAGCCGCAGCGUCAACACUGCGAGGACAGGAGCCACGGUCUGCUCUGCCUCUUCACGUCCUCUUCACAUCCUCCAUUUACAGACAGAGCAACCUGACGUAGACACUGCUGUGAGGACGGCGCCCCAACACUGAGAACGAGGCGAGUUCCACUUCAUUUAUUUUUCCCAUUUUACUCAUAAAUUUUAUCACUCUUGAGCAGUGAAGAUUUCCAUUAUUCUACAGCUUUUCCGGAGGAGUCAGGAGUCUCCAUCAUUCUGUGCUCAGGGGAGCUGCUGUCAUCACCGGCAGACAGAAGAAAUAUAUUCUGCAAGUAUUUAUAGAAACUAUUGAAUCAGGACCAGGAGAAUAACUUUCACUGAAAUAUAUGGAUAUCUGAGGUGUUCUCUUAAAGUAAGACCUUCUUUUACUUCACUGUUCUGCACAGUGUCAGAUCAACUCAGUUAUGUCAAGAUAAAAUGUCAGGAAAAUGAAACACAUACAUGGAUAGAAUAUGACAUUUUAAUUUUUUUAGUGUCAAGUCAGAGCUCGGAGGCCAUCAAUGAACAUAAUGGGGAGGAGAAAAACAAAAUAGAAAUGACUGCUAUUUAAUAAAACAACAACAACAACAAUGACAUAUUAUAGGCAGAUACUAGGUCUCUUUUUGUUUUGCAGUAAACUCUGUCUUCAUUUGUCCUAGUCUUUCAGUCCUAAUGUACGCCUAUGAUUUUUUUAAAUAAACAAUAGAACACACGGAUAAACAUUUUAAAAGAUAUUGUCCGUCUUUUUGACACGUAAUUCGUGCUUUUGCUUCUUUUUUGUUAACAGUUUGUGGCGUAAACCUUCACCGUUGAGAUGCUCAGACAUGAGAACACGAUCAACGACUGGACGUAAUUGUCUCAUAUUUGCCGCCGCCUUGUGGUGAGGAUAUUUAGUCUCCAGGACAGGAGCCUCCAUCCACAGCUGUUUGGUUUCAUAAAGAUACUUCCUGUUUAGUGAGAGGGGCAUCUACAGAUGUUUGAGAGAAUAGUUCUCCAUCUACGGCUGCUCUGGGCACUUCUCUUCCUGUUGUCAGUAUCAUUAGCAGCAGAAACCCACCCACUGUGCCCCCAGUCCUGCCGCUGUGACGCUGAACUGCUGGAGGUGAAUUGCUCUCUCAGCCAACUCAGCACUGUGCCCAGUGAUCUCUCAAGAGAUGCUAUAAUACUAAACCUGACCCAUAAUAAGAUCAAAACGCUGCUGCAUCAGCAGUUUCAGAGUCUCAGACAACUUUUACACUUGGAUUUAAAUGAUAACCUCUUGGAGGUUGUUGAGCUGGACGCCUUCCUGGGUUUGGAGAGUCUGCUAACGCUGCGUCUGGCCCGCAAUCGCCUUAAGAUCAUUCCAGUUGGAGCAUUUGCUGGCUUGCUGAGCCUGCAGUUUCUGGACAUUAGCAGCAAUGAUAUUCUCGUUUUCUUAGAUUUUACCUUCCAGGACCUGCCAGCCCUGCAGCACUUGAAUGCGGCCGACAACCAACUGGUUUUCGUCUCAAGACACGCGUUCACGGGACUAAACAGCCUGCAGGAGCUGCAUUUGGAUGCUUGUAACCUCACUGCUGUUCCAACAGAAUCAUUUUCACAGCUAACAACACUGAGGAGCCUUCAUUUUCACUGCCUCAGUCUCACCUCACUGCCAAAUUAUGCUUUCCAUUAUCUGGUGCAACUCAAAGAGCUCAUUAUCUCCCACUGCCCCUGGCUGGACGCUCUCUCUGGAAACAGCCUCUUAAGUUUGAACCUCACCUCCCUCACCAUUACACAUGGAAACCUCAGUGUGAUGCCUUACCUUCCUUUACAUCAUCUCGUCUAUCUCGUAUCUCUUGACCUUUCCUUUAAUCCAAUCACUUCCAUUCAGGGGAACCUGCUUGGAGACUUGCUUCGGCUGCAGGAGCUCCAUCUGGUGGGGGGAUCCCUGCUGAGAAUUGAAACUAGAGCAUUUAGAGGGCUGGUCAAUUUCAGGUUGUUGAAUGUAUCUAGAAACCGUCUCACCACUCUAGAGUCUGGUGCUUUUCAGUCACUAACGCCCCUUAAGACUCUAAUACUUGACAACAACCCACUGGCGUGUGACUGCCGUUUGCUGUGGAUGGUGCAACGACGCGUGUACCUUGACUUUGGGAGAAAUCUGCCGAUGUGCAGCAGCUCACUCCACCUGGAGGACUGGAGUUUUCUAGAAUUUUCUGACACAGAGCUCUCAGGGCUGCUCACCUGUCAGCAGCCUCAGAUUCUGAACUGCAAACCUCAAAGGGUGAAAGUUAAUCAGGGACAGACGGUGGUAUUUGACUGCAUUGCAGAAGGAGACCCGACGCCAUCUCUGAGCUGGUUUAAUCCACAGCUGAGGCCUGUGUCAUCCACAGGUAGAAUAUGGGUUCUCACUAACGGCUCAUUGGAGGUUCGCUACGCUCAGCCUCAAGACAGUGGUACUUAUUACUGUUUGGCAUCUAAUGCAGCAGGAAAUGACAGUCUAAAGGUCAGCCUUCAGGUCAGGCCUUUUCUAACUUCUCGUAAAAGCACUUUUCAUCUUGGUGGUUGGAUUCCAUCUUCCUCUCCAGAUGUGAAUGGAAAUCAUGAACUCACAUUUGAUUUCAAGACGUUACUGAUAGCAGCAUCCAUUGGUUUUCUGUCUUUUUUCAGCUCUGUGAGUGUUUGUUUUAUUUUCAUGUUCCUCUGGAGCAAAAGCAAAGGACACAUUAAGCACACAGCCACCAUCAAGUAUGUGCCACACAGUACUGUGUCCACUAGUGCCAGAGGAAAUGGGAACUAUAUGGAGACAAGCAGGUUUACCAUGAAAUUAUUAUAGGUUGACAAGUAAAAUGUCUAUUUUUAUUUUUUAAUAUCAAUCUGUGUGCAAUUAAGGCCAAGGUUAACACAGACAUUUACACUAAAUGUUUUAAAUUGCAGAUUAGGAUAACACAAUUUGCUGCUUUUAUUUUUUGUGCACAAAACUAUUACCAUGCUUAAAAAAACUCAUAUCAUCAUCACAUGUAGUAUUUGAUGCACACCAGAUUUAAAGUUUUUUUAAGUAAAUGUUUACAUAUCUAUAAUAGUGAAAUUUAAAAUAAAUGAAGAGAAAAACACUAUUAUUACACUAAUACACUACCCACUAAUACUAUGGUUUAGGCUCUUAUGUGUUUGGAAAAAAAAUGUAAUAACCAGUUAAAAAAACUAUUUACCUAUUUACUAGUAAACUUCUGUUAAUGUAAUGUGCAAUAUAGUGUGCAACUAUGUAUUAACAUGUUUCUAGUAAGUUAGAAUGAGCCAUGAAUGAGCCUGUAUUUUUAUAUAAUAAAUAUAAUAAAAGUUAUGAUUAA